UUUUUUCUUUUAACAGCUGAUUUCCGUUUUUUAUUUUUGAGUAAAAACUUAACUUAUGCCGAGAUGGAUAGCCAGGCCCAGGCAUUGAAAUGGUGAUGGAUGUGCUUUUACUUGCUGUAAGUUUCUGCAUUUUUUUUAGUUUAUUCUGUCGUUUCGCCAAUCACUCCACUACAAGUUGUUGAUAGCAAUUAAGGGCGGGCCUAGGGAUUUAGCGAUUAGGUAAGAGGAAGAAACAUGUCUGAGUUGUCUAACUUGAUUUAGAAUUAGAUGAUGAAAUGAAAUGGCUAGGCUAGUAACUUUCUUUUGGAAAUUGGAUGACAAUUUGGCUGAAAUAGAAUGAAUGAAUGGAUGAGAAAAGGGAAUAGAAGGUGAAGAGGUAACUAGGUGGGAGCUUUAAUAGGACUGGAAGUUGUUCUGGAAAUGAAGAUGGAGGGAGCAUAGCUAGCCAAAAAGAUGAUGGAAAAUAGUUCCUCUGUUAAGACUGUUACUAUGUUAAUUCCAAAAGUUAAAGACCUCUAGCUGAUAUAUUAUGAGAACACUGAAAUAGAUAUUUGCUAAAACAAGAAAGAAUGGAAUUCAAACCCCAAAUAUGGAGGCUGUUAUAAUAUAAAAUAUGGAUUCGGAUGGUUUGGACGGACACGUACAAAGAGGUAAAGGUAAACAAGGAAUGAAAUGCGCAAUACAAUAAAUAUUCAAAUAUUUGAUUGUGUGGCUGAAUAGAGAAUGUUUCCUAAGAUGACUCUAAAAAUAUAGACACUUAUUAUAGAUUGAAAGAUUGCAUUAUUAUAGAGUAGGAAGGUCCCUAAGUAUGUUUAUCCUACAUUGUCUCGUUACUGAAAUCUUCUAAUGUUAAGAUAGUAUACUUAAUAUCAGGCUUGUAAUAUGGCUAGAUGAGUCUUAAUUCCUUGAAUCUAUUCCUCUCUCUCACUCUGUUUCAAUCUCUAAAAGAGCAAAGUGGUAAAGGAGAUAUAUUUUUGCUGGCCUUUAGUUGGCAGGGAUGCAUGUAUCAGUAGUUCAGUACAACCAUUCUGCAGCAUUUGAAAUUUGAUUUUUUUUGAAAAUGCUUCUUAAGAUUGAAGUCUAAUCAGAACUCAAAGGGCACAAGGAUUUCUGCUGUGCUACAACAUUUGUGACAACUUAUCAUUUUUCUCUUUGCCUCUAAGUUAGUAAGUUAUGACAUUUAUUGUUUCAUAUAUUAUUUCUAUUAGCAAAGCACCUCAAAAGUUUCAACCCAGCAGAAAUGAAGUAGUGCAUGCAAUAGCAAAGUAUUCUACUUAAACGAGGGAAACAGCAAAAUUCAAAAGGCAUACAAUGGAAGAUUCAUAGCUGUAGCAUUUAUCUUUGUAACAGAACUGGAAAUAAAGCCCAAAGGGUUCAUAAUUUUAUAAUCUACGUGAAAAGAAAACUUGGAACUUGGAGUUGGAGGCUAACACAUGACAACUGUUUCAUCCCUAGUUAUGUGAUUAUCUUCCCUGCUAGACAUUUUCUUUUUAUUUAUCAUAUGUUACUAGUUAUUGUUGUUUUCAAGUCUGUAGAUUUGUGUUGUUAGUUUAUAUGAUUACUUUCUAGUUUUUAUUAAAAAAAAAAAUUGCUUAUAUGAUUUCUAUAUGAUCCUUUCUGGAUUUAAAGAUCUGUUUUUUUUACUACCAAAUUUCUUAAGUUCUGACUUCAGGUCUUCUGUUUCUUCCACAUCAGUACAACGGGGGAUCUCUUUACAGUCCAAAAAACUUUUGGCAUAGCCUUAAAAGAUUCAAGCAGAGAUGCACUUAGAAUUUGUGGUCUUCAUGCGACUAUUUAAAAGUGAAGGACCUGUGUUCUCUUAUCCUUUAAUUCACCUGUUCCAUUAGAAGAUCAUUUCAUCAUCUAACAAAAAUGUCUGCUCAAAUCAGCAAUGUACACCUAACUGCUCCAAUGCUGCCGGAAAGCAUUCCACCUAUGACUGAUGAGGAAUCAAGGAGAAGUGAUUCCCUUUCAUAUCAAAGUGAUGAUGACAGUGUGGCAACUUGUCGAGUGUGCCAAUGUGCUGAAUCUGACAAAAGAGGAGAUACUUCACUGGGAUUUCUAGGUAUCAUCCCUCCAUCAGGUGAUGCACAGGUUCGAAAUUGGGAGGUUAGGACCAAUCGCAUCGAAGAGAAAGAUGGUGAUUACUGUGCUACAACUGAUCUGAAAGGAUCUAAACUUGUUGAAUUUGUUAGUCCAAGAGGGGAAGUUUUUGUCUGUAAUGCUGAUAUUGAAAUGGGUUCUGAUCAUAACCAGGACACAUUAAUUGAACUUGGAUGUGCCUGUAAAAAUGAUCUUGCCCUAGUACACUAUGCAUGUGCACUGAAGUGGUUUGUCAACCAUGGAUCCACCACCUGCGAGAUAUGUGGAUGCAUAGCAAAACACAUCAGAAUUUUGGACAUCAAGAAAGUUAUAAGCUCUUUGAAAGAGCAUAGUUUAUUAAGGGAAAGGACUGCAAAUGGAGAACAUAUUCCUUCACAGUUGCCAGAAUAUUCCAGUGUGGAUCCUGAUGCUGUUGCAACUAUUCAAAGGCAAAGAUUGAGUGAAAUUUCAUUGUGGUUCAAUCCCCAUAACAACACCACUGCUCCUUCGCAGGUUGUUAGUGAGCAACCUUCUAUUGUUGCAGAGGAAGUUUUCCCAGCUGAAAACACUGCAACCAAUUGGGCUUUAGAAGGUACUGGGGUACUUCUUGCCACAGGGCUGCUUACUGUUACUCUUGCUUGGCUCAUUGCUCCUCGUGUUGGAAAGACUUGGUUCUGCAUUAUCCAUGGUGGACCUCUUAAUUCUUGAUCCAUCUUCAAACUGAAGUGAAGCAACUAGUUGUUGUGACAACUCCUUGUAAAUGCACUGAUGAUUCUUUCUAU